GUCUCAGUAGCAGUAGGCCUGGCAGGGUUUGUCUGUGUGAUGCUGGUGGUUCUCCUCCUCCUCAUCAACAAGUAUGGACGACACUCCAAGUUUGGAUUGAAAGGACCAGUAGCAGUGAUAAAUGGUGAGGAAGAUUCUGCCAGCCCACUUCACCAUGUGAACCAUGGGAUUAUCAGCCCCUGUACGCUGGAUGCAGGGCCAGAGUCUGUGGUGAUCGGAAUGACCAGAAUCCCUGUCAUAGAGAACCCACAGUAUUUCAGACAUGGAUACAACUGUAAGAAACCCACCACCUACGUUCAGCAUAUUAAACGACGGGACAUUAUUUUGAAAAGGGAGCUGGGAGAGGGAGCCUUCGGCAAGGUCUUCCUGGCUGAAUGUUACAACUUGAGUCUUACCAAGGAUAAGAUGCUGGUAGCUAUAAAGACUCUGAAGGAUCCCACUCUUGCAGCCAGGAAGGAUUUCCAGCGUGAGGCUGAGUUGCUGACAAACCUCCAGCAUGAACACAUAGUGAAGUUCUACGGAGUGUGUGUGGAUGGAGACCCACUCAUCAUGGUCUUUGAGUACAUGAAGCAUGGAGAUCUCAAUAAGUUUCUCAGGUGA